AUGGCCUGGGCCCCUCUCCUCCUCGCGGUGCUCGCCCACACCUCAGGUUCCCUGGUCCAGGCUGCAACGACUCAGCCGUUCUCGAAGUCGGUGAACCCGGGAGACACCGUGCAGAUCACCUGCUCCGGGGGUAGCGCUGACAGUAAUGGCAAAUAUUGGUAUGGCUGGUACCAGCAGAAGACUCCUGGCACUGGCCCUGUCACCGUGAUCUAUAGCAAUGACAAGAGACCCUCAGGCAUCCCUUCGCGAUUCUCUGGUUCCUUGUCUGGCUCCACGGCCACGUUAACCAUCACUAGUGUCCAAGCCGAGGAUGAGGCCGUCUAUUACUGUGGGAGCUGGGACAGCUCACUGUGAGGUGUAUUUGGGGCCGGGACCACGUUGACCGUCCUGGGCCAGCCCAAGGCGUCUCCCAGUAUCUACCUCUUCCCGCCAUCCUCCGAGGAGAUCGACUCGCAUAACAAGGCCACCCUGGUGUGCCUGAUGAGCGACUUCUACCCCAGCCCAGUGCAGGUGACCUGGAAAGUCGACGGUUCUGCCCGCACCAGCGGCGUGGAGACUUCUGCGUCCCAGAGGCAGAGCAACAACCAGUACAUGGCCAGCAGCUACCUGACACUGAGCGCUGCAGAGUGGAAGAGCCACCAAUCCUUCAGCUGCCAGGUCACGCACGAAGGCGCUGUCACCGAGAAGACCCUGAACAAAUCCGAGUGCUCGUAA